GCGGACAAAAAUACUCCAAACAAAUAAAUGUCCGUCCAACUAAAUAUUGCAUUUAAUGCAUAAUCAUUGAACAAUAUAAUGCACAAGAAAGCCAUUGAUCUUGACUGAAAAAUUGACUAAAAGAUAGCAUGCAUGCAUCUUUAUUAUCAUUCAUAAAUUCAAUUUGAAAAUUGAAAUAAUGGGUGGACUUAAAGAGAGUCUCGGCGGUUUGUUCAACAACCGGUGGCUGGUGUUCGUGGCUGCAUUGUGGAUUCAGACGUGCGGUGGGAUUGGGUAUCUGUUCGGAAGCAUUUCGCCCAUCAUAAAGGAAUCUCUGAAUUACAAUCAGAAACAGGUGGCUCUCUUGGGCGUGGCUAAGGAUUUGGGGGAUAGCGUUGGGUUCUUGGCUGGAACCUUGUCCGAGGUUUUGCCAUUAUGGGCUACUCUUCUUGUUGGUGCCAUUCAGAACUUCCUUGGCUAUGGUUGGGUCUGGCUUAUCCUCACCGCCCGAGCUCCAGCUUUGCCAUUAUGGGCUAUGUGCAUUCUUAUCUUCGUGGGAACAAAUGGUGAGACAUACCUUAACACAGCAACACUUGUGUCAUGUGUUCAAAACUUCCCCAAAAGCCGGGGUCCUGUGGUGGGGAUACUCAAAGGAUUUGCUGGGUUAAGUGGAGCAAUUUUGACACAGAUAUAUGCAGUGGUGCACUCCCCAGAUCAUGCCUCUCUCAUAUUUAUGGUUGCUGUUGGACCCGCAAUCGUCGUAACUUCUCUCAUGUUUUUCAUCAGGCAAGUUGGAGCUCAUCACAAACAAAUCAUCAAUGCAUCAGAAUGCUCAAUAAGUUUUUCCUUCAUCUAUAGCAUAUGUCUCAUUUUGGCUGCUUACUUGAUGGGUGUAAUGCUUCUUCAAGACUUAGUUAAUGUCAGCCAAACCAUGAUCAAAAUCUUCACUGCAAUUCUGUUUGUUCUUCUUGUAAUCCCCGUUAUAGUCCCUGUGUAUUUGAGUGUGAGUAUUUCGCAAGAAUCAGCAGAAGAGCCACUUCUCGAGCCCCAGACAAAAGAUAAUGACAACAUUGUAUUUAGUGAGGUCGAGGAUGAGAAGCCUAAGGAUGUAGACUUGCUUCCUGCUUCGGAAAGGCAGAAACGAAUCGCACACCUGCAGGCGAAACUAGCCCAUGCAGCAGCAGAAGGAGCGGUGAGGGUUAAAACGAGACGGGGUCCUCGUAGGGGGGAGGACUUUACCUUAACCCAGGCUUUAAUCAAGGCUGAUUUUUGGCUUAUAUUUUUCUCUCUUCUGUUUGGCUCUGGAUCUGGUUUAACCGUGAUUGAUAAUCUGGGUCAAAUGAGUGAGUCUUUAGGGUACGAUAACGUGCAGGUUUUCGUUUCUAUGAUCAGCAUUUGGAACUUCCUAGGCCGAGUUGGGGGCGGUUAUUUUUCUGAAAUAGUUGUCAGAGAGUAUGGUUAUCCAAGGCAUGUAGCCAUGGGUGUUGCCCAGGUUAUAAUGGCAUUUGGGCAUUUCUUCUUUGCAAUGGGUUGGCCCGGGGCAAUGUACAUUGGCACUCUUUUGGUUGGUCUGGGCUAUGGGGCUCACUGGGCAAUUGUGCCAGCUGCAGCUUCUGAACUAUUCGGGUUAAGAAAUUUCGGGGCUUUAUACAAUUUCCUCACUCUGGCAAACCCGGGAGGUUCGUUAGUCCUCUCGGGCGUUAUUGCUAGCAGUAUAUACGAUAUAGAGGCCGAGAAGCAAGCCCAAGAACGCCGUUAUGCUCUCAGUUCUGGUGAGCCUAUCAAGUGCGAAGGCGCUGUUUGCUUCUUUUUGACCUCUCUGAUCAUGUGUGCUCUUUGCAUUAUUGCAUCUGGUCUGAGCGCGAUUCUAGUGUACCGAACAAAACCUGUCUAUGCUAACCUCUAUGGAAAAUCUCGUAGAUAAAGAAACAAUGCUUUUAGGAUUCCUUCAUGGUUAGGUUGUAUAUAUAUUGUUCUACAUUUCCUUAUUGUUGAGAACAAUAGUGUCU